UAGUAGACGACGUGGUGUUGCAACUCUUAUAAAAGUCCAUUAUUUUUCUGUAUCCAAGACUGGACGGGAUGGAAGCAAAGAGGCUGCCUGAGGGAUACACGAAACAGAAACCAAUGGCUGCAAGACCAGAGACGCAGAACCCUCCAAGGAGAGGGCAGUCUGGAUCUUGGGGACCUCCUCCGUUAACUGGACGAUUCUGCAUGCCCUACCCUAGACACGCCCUGCCCCCAUGGACUAUUAGGCACAUCCACCUCCUGAACCUUGGUGGCCCUGGGGCCACCCGAAACCCCUCCACCUGCAACACUUGGUAAGAUGAUCUGAGCACUAGGACUUGACUUGUAAAACAUACUCACCUUAUUUUUGUUGCUGUUAGGUCUUUGGCCAAGGUGCAGAGGCGGUACCACAGACCAUUGUGAUGCAAGGGGAAUGUGUCUGCUGCCGUUACCACAUUCCUCGUUUCUCAGGAUCUCAUC